AUGAAGAAAGACAAUCCCCUUUCUCCUCCUGCUCCCCGAUCUCACAUAUCCCCAGAAAGGCCCCAUUCACUGUUGACUACCCCAUGGCCAUCUAAUUUGACUGAUGAAGAUUCGACCCUACCUAUCCUUCCUGACCUCCCUAUUCCAAGAAUUACCCUGACACCCCCUUCGCCUCUUUCCACGUCUCGAAUGGAGCUUAACGCUCUUGCUUCUAGCUCCAGGACCCAGGUGUCUUCUGAAAAUCCUGAAAACCUCUUCCUCGAUGCAGAAGAACAAUCCCGUCCAUCCCACUACACACGAAAUAAACGAGAAGUCCAAUUCGAGAAUUCAUUAGGGUUAACAGUGGAUUAUCCUGAAGACUCCAAUCGAAGAUCUACGACCAAAUACGAAUCGAAUUCUCGCGAAGAGCUCCCGUUAAGGUCAAGAUGGUCAUUAGCACCUGAUAGUCCUGCCGAACCGGGUCCCUUGAAAAAAGCUCUUUCAAAGUUGAAGUCAGCCGGAUCCAUCGCUAUGGGUGGUCAACGCAUGAUAAGAUCAAGUUCAUUCGACCCCAAUCAGACUUCCGGACUUGUCGCUGGUCCCAGAAGAUCUUCGUCCAUAGGAUCUGAUCUCGAUUCUCAAAGGCUUCUUGACGACAACUCAGCAUCAGCUGAUGCCAAGACCCGAAAAGAGGAAGUGAAAGGGAAAGGGAAAGGGAAAGGGAAAGGGAAAGGGAAAGGGAAAGGGAAAUUAGUUCAAGCUCAAACCCCGUCUCGACUUCAAUCACCAAUCAACUACAGAGAUGAAUCACCGGACCUCGAUCUUCCUAUCGAUGGAGAAAGUUCAAGAGCUGAAAGCCAAAUCACAACACCAGCAUCACAUACCCCUUUUCUCACAGAUAACUUUGAAGGUUCAUGGCCCGAAGAUCGAAUUUCCAACUCGCCAAAAAGGACUAUCGAAGGUCCGAAAAAAGAGGUCCCGAGUGCAACUACCAAGUGGCAAGCUUCUAUGACACACGACGACGAUCUCUUGGAAUCACUUAAUGCUCGUAGCAUCGAAAAAGCGUUACUCGAGCUUUGUGCCAUCCAUCCUCGACCACGCAUGCCGACGAUGUAUCAAACGAAUGAGUCGACUUUCACAAUCAAGCUAGACGAUCUGGCUUCAGCAGUCGGUUGUCCGAAACCCAGUAAAUAUCGUAACGCGUACGACGAAUUCGAUCAAAUAAUGAAGAGGACGUUCUCGAGAGUUCUUCGAGUCUUGUUGAAGAAUUAUUCGACGGUUCGAGUCUAUGAUAAUCUUCACAUUCAAAACCUACCAUCACUGACUCCCCCUUACCUGUUAUGGCUGUUUGUGCACACCGCCAAUGAAACGUUAUUGGAGGUGCUCGAAGAGGAAAUGACUGCACUGAAGGCCUCGUGCAUGGGAAGCAUCAGAUCUAUAGUACUCAGCAUGUUAUUGGAAACUGUCAGUGAAGAUAUGUUAUCCCGAAGAAGGAGAGACGAAGAAAAUUGGCUCAACUGGAGUGUCAGACAAAGAGCGUUGUUGUUCGCCGAUAACAAUUCACUGGGCAACUAUGAUGGCACAGGACUUUACCCAGAAAGACCUCAUGGUUACGCGGAUUUGGGUCCAAUCCGAUGGAAUGAGGUGGAAGAGUUCCUAGAUGUUUGGUGA